AUGGAGUCUUCUCCUCCAAGGAGCAGUUCUACUGCUUCUGUGGCAGGUGUGAAGCGUCCAGCGACCCUGUUGCCGGCAUUUGAGCCAUUGAGUUCUUCGCCUUCUCUUCCCCGGCCACAGAAGCGUGUAGCUCGCGACGAUCAUGGGAUUGUAUCAACCUAUCCGACCCCAGUCCCGACUUCGUCCACCCAUAUCAUGUCCUCCUCCCCCCCUCGAAUGGCCUCGCGUCGAACCUUCACCUCGUCGAACUCCGAACGAACUCCCUUGUCCACGGUGCCGACCAUGAUGCUACCCGAAAAUGGGGAGCCACUCCUCAUGGGUAGAUCGAGUGCAUCUUGCCAUCAUCAACUCGCUGCCAACCGUAUGAUCUCGAGGGUGCACGUCAAGGCUACCUAUAAGCCUGCACCUAACCCCUUCGAUCGUGAUCGGGUUGAGAUAAUGUGCCUGGGCUGGAACGGAAUUAAGCUUCACUGUCAGGGGAAAACCUAUGACCUGGCUAAAGGCAAGACUUUCACCUCCGAUAUAAAAGACGCAGAUAUCAUGAUUGAUGUCCAUGAUGCGCGUGUUUUGGUCCAGUGGCCGCGGAACGAACGCAAGGACUACGCAUCCACCGACUCGGAACAAACUUGGGAAGAGACUACCCCAAAACGCAACAAACAGUCUCGUCGGAGCCUGCAUGACAGUCCUAACGUGGAACGCCGGCGGUUGGCUUCCCCUGUCUCGCCUUCCCCUGCAGUCAAGUCACUCAUCCCGCCGUCCUCGCCACUGUAUACCCCCACGCGCUCAAGACAUGCCGUGGUUGUCUAUGAAGAUGAGCCAUCUCCUAUCCGCCGUAAAUACUCUGGAGAUGCUUUGCUAUCUGAAGCAAGCCACCAAUCUGCGUCCAGUGUCGGGGAUCUUUUGCAGAGCUCACAAUCGAGUGAAUUGAGUGAUCUCAGUAAGCCUGAUGAUCUGUCCGAUCACGACGAGGAAAAUGAUCCGAUUGUUCAUUCCUUUGGACCCUUUGGGGAAAACAUAUUGCCUCGUAUGGCUUCUUUCACCGCUGAUGAAACACCACUUUGUCCAACGCGUCCCCGCAACCAGCAUGCAGCACAGCCACUUCGCCCGAUCCAGUCUCCCAGACAACUGUCCAAGCCGGUGGAGAAAGCUGAGAUUGUCCUAAGUAAACCGCUUGACGAAAGUUUUGAGAGGGUUCAGAAUCAUGCCAUCAAUCAGCUCGCCUUCUCUCGCCUUUCUUCGACUCCUUUCUCGACCAUUCUGAACAAUCUCCCACCGACCCUUUGGCGCCGAGAUGCUCAUUCAAAAGAAGGACCCACAAGAGAUGAAACACGUGCCAUCAUUGACUCGACGAAGUGCAUUGGAAAGGUUGCUCGGGAAGGGAAAGAUGCUGCAGGGAAGCCACUUGAGAGUGAAUAUUACUAUAUUCCCGACUUCGAUGAGGACAGCAUGCGACGGGAAGCUGUGGUACAUGACCUCAGGAAACCAGGUCUUCGGAACUGCCGAAAGCAACAUAAGCAAUACUUCUGGCGUAAGCCGAAAUAA